GUUUUAUUCAUAAAGAGCAUCAUGGCAUCGCAAAAGACUCUCAUUCCACCUCUGACCCUAUACAGACAGAUUCUCCGAGCCCACCGAAAGCAUUUGCCUCCACAAUUUCGGAUUCUGGGAGAUGGCUAUGUCAAAGCCGAGUUUCAUCGCCAUAAAGAUGUCGAUAAUCCUCUUUACAUUGUUGGCUUUCUAGAGCAGUGGCAGGACUAUCUCAAUCAUAUCCUCAUUGCCUCACCCAAGCAGAAUCAGAGCCAGAGCCAGAGCCAGAGCCAGAACCAGGACCUGAAACAGCAAGCAGCUGAAUCUCUUUCCUCCAUGUCAUCAAUACCAACAACAGUAUCAACGACCUCCAUAGACACAAUAAAGAAAGAACAAGAGAAAAUCAAUAGAGAGACAACAUUACAACGAAUGGUGGAACAAGGAAGAGCGUUCGGUAGGAAACUCGACCCGGGGUUGUUGGACAAGAUGACGGAUCAGCAACUGGGACAACUCUAUGAGUUGCGUAAGGAAACUAAGGGACUUCAGACCCGUGAAGAGUUAGAGGAGAUUGCCAAAGAAGAGGCUCAGUUACUUGAGAAAUUUGCUGCAAAUAUCCCUGCCUCGUCAGUCUCAUCCCCUUCAUUAAACUAGUACAAAUAAAUCCAUCUGCACAUUUUCAAGUUUUCAGGAAAUGAUGCUGCACUAUGUUGUAGCUAAUGCUGUUAUCCACUCUAUACGGAUCAUUCAACUUGCACGCUUUAUUUUUGAUGGCAGGGACUCAUCAUUCGAAGGAUCCAGCGACAUCAGGCAGGGAUCGUUGUCAGUAGUCCCUUUCUUGGCUACACUUGAUCCACAAAAUUGUCUCGGGAUUUUUUUUCUUUUUGAAAGGAUGUAAGAGGAAUAGUAUAACAGAUACAAAGAACACAUUUGCGUGGACAUGGUUCCCUAUAAGGUUAAUCACUCG